CUCUUGUCGCACAGAGUAUAAAGAAAGAAAGCUGGAGCCUUGUUUUCGCCUUGGCUCUCAGACAGGAAAGGGAGGGAAGGCAGAGCGGCCAGGCCCGGGAACGGUGAUGGACCUCAAGCGCAGUCGUGCUGUGAAGCUUAACGAUGGACACUCCAUGCCGGUGCUCGGAUUUGGCACCCUUGCUCCUGAGGAAGUUCCUAAGAGCAAGGCUAGGGAAGCCACCAAAGUGGCUAUUGAUGUAGGUUACCGCCAUGUCGAUGCAGCCUACGUCUAUCAAAAUGAGGAGGAGGUUGGCCAGGCCCUUCGAGAGAAGAUUGCUGACGGCACGGUGAAGAGAGAGGACUUAUUCUACACCACCAAGCUUUGGGCUACUUUCUUCCGACCAGAGUUGGUCCGACCAGCCCUGGAAAGAUCGCUGAAGAAGCUUCAGCUGGACUAUGUAGACCUCUUCCUUAUCCACGUGCCAUUUGCCUUGAAGCCUGGGGAGGAGCUUUUGCCAAAGGAUGCCAGUGGAGAAGUUGUUUUAGACACAGUGGACCUGCAGGACACGUGGGCGGCCCUGGAGAAGUGCAAAGAUGCAGGUCUAACCAAGUCCAUCGGGGUGUCCAAUUUCAAUCACAAACAGCUGGAGAUGAUCCUGAACAAGCCAGGCCUCAAGUACAAGCCCGUGUGCAACCAGGUGGAAUGUCACCCUUACCUCAACCAGAGCAAACUCCUGGAAUUCUGCAAGUCCAAGGACAUCGUUCUAGUUGCCUACUGUGUGCUGGGAUCCCAAAGAGACCCAAAUUGGGUGCAAGAGGACAGCCCACACCUGUUGGAGGAUCCAGUAUUGAAGGAAAUUGCCAAGAAACACAAUAGAAACCCAGGCCAGAUCUCCAUGCGCUUCCUGCUGCAGCGGGGGGUGGUGGUCCUGGCCAAGAGCUUCAGUGAGAAAAGAAUCAAAGAGAACUUCCAGGUUUUUGACUUUGAACUGACUCCAGAAGACAUGAAGGCAAUUGAAGGCCUCAACAGAAAUUUCCGAUAUUUUAAAUUAUCAUUUGCUGCCCAUCACCCUUGGUAUCCAUUUUCUGAAGAAUAUUGACCAUGAGUGAACACCAUGGGCUUUACCAGAAUUUCUUGCUUCCAGAGUGUGGACACGAUUUCUGUACCUGCUGGAGGUGAUGAAAACCAGUGUCUCUGGAUUCAGGCACUUGCCUUUAUAUCUCUAAAUGAAAUAAAAAAGACUCCAAAAUAA